GAAGCACGAACUCGCGUUCAGUCGGUUUUUGUGGAAUAGUAUCGCGAGAUUUCCCGCUUCGGCAAGCUGGCUAAGUCUGUUAGCUCAGCUGGUUCAUUGUGCGCCUCAGUUUUUACCGCAAAGCCACUGAAUCGAUACAGCUUCAUACGUUUAGCCAAGAAGAAGCAGCAGCAGAAGGGCCGACGAUGUAGUCGCUUCACCUCCGUGCUUAUUCCUAGACGUGUGUUGAUUUAGUGCGUGUGUUUUGUUAUGUGUGCAGUUAUUCUGUGUUUUGUGUCGCCGCACCCACCGUGUUUAUUUCUUAUUGUGGGGCUAGCUGGCUAACGUUUGCUGGGAGCUAACCGCGGUUGUCUCCGGAGCUGGGCAGCAGGUGUAACGUUACAGGGAGCAUCCAGAGAAAAGCGUCGCUGUUGGCUUUAAUUGCUAAGAAGCUCAAAAUCAUAUUGGCGAAUUUUAGUUCAUCUGCUCCCAAAUUUUUAGGUUUUUAUGUUGUUUUUUUUGCCACAUCAGUAAAUCAGUGAACGUGAGCCUGGUAGUCAUCAUGACAGGGGAGAAGAUACGCACCAUGCGAAAGGACCACAACAAACCGAACAAAAAUGAAGAGAUAAUGGACACGUACGAUGAGACCUCAAACGGGACUAUCCCUAACGGCACCGGUAACCAUUUUAAAUCCAACAAGGCUUUUCAGAAAUCCGUCAAAACCUCGACACUGCAGCAGCAACAGCAGCUCAAUGCAAACAACAUCAACGGCAACUCGUCAUCGCUCGGCACAGUCGUCAAUGAUAACAACAAGAACCCAAUUAUCCUGACGAGUGAGGACUUGGAGUUCCCUGUUCACGAGUGUGUGUUCAAGGCAGAUGUGCGUCGGCUCUCCUCUCUCAUCAGGACCCACAGCAUCUCCCAGAAAGACGUGCAUGGAAACACGCCUCUUCACCUGGCUGUGAUGAUGGGCCACAAAGAGUGUGCCCUCCUGCUUCUGGCCCAUAACGCUCCUGUAAAGAUCAAGAACGCACAGGGAUGGAGCCCUCUAGCAGAAGCCAUCAGCUACGGCGACAGGCAAAUGAUCACAGCAAUACUGCGGAAGUUAAAGCAGCAGUCCAGGGAGAGUGUGGAGGAUAAAAGGCCAAAAUUACUGAAAGCUCUCAGGGAGCUUGGUGACUUUUAUCUGGAGCUGCAUUGGGACUUUCAGAGCUGGGUGCCUUUGCUGUCCCGGAUGCUGCCAUCUGAUGCUUGUAAAAUCUACAAGCAGGGGAUCAAUAUCAGACUUGACACCACUCUCAUAGACUUCACUGACAUGAAGUGUCAGCGCGGAGAUCUUAGCUUCAUUUUCAACGGCGAUGCUGAACCCUCCCAGUCCUUUGUGGUUCUGGACAAUGAAGCCAAAGUGUACCAAAGAAUACACCACGAGGAGUCAGAGAUGGAGACUGAAGAAGAGGUGGAUAUUCUGAUGAGCAGUGACGUCUAUUCUGCAACUCUGUCCACCAAGUCCAUCACUUUCUCUCGCAGUCAGAUUGGCUGGCUGUUCAGAGAGGAUAAAACAGAGAGGGUUGGAAACUUCCUGGCUGACUUCUAUUCAGUGAACGGUCUGAUGCUGGAGUCACGGAAGCGGCGAGAACACCUCAGCGAGGAGGACAUCUUGAGGAACAAAGCCAUCAUGGAGAGCUUGAGUAAAGGCGGCAGCAUCAGUGAACAAAAUUUUGAGCCUGCGAGAAGGCAGUCCCUCACAGCUCCAGCGCCAAACACAAUUUCUUGGGAAGAGUACAUCACUGCAGAGCAGGGAAAGCCACCUCAUCUUGGAAGAGAGCUGGUGUGUAAGGAAAGCAAGAAGAACUUCAAAGCCACUGUAGCCAUGAGCCAGGAUUUCCCUCUAGGCAUCGAGUCGUUACUAAACGUGUUGGAAGUCAUAGCCCCGUUCAAGCACUUCAACAAACUCAGAGAGUUUGUUCAGAUGAAACUUCCGCCUGGGUUUCCAGUCAAACUCGACAUCCCCGUCUUCCCCACGAUCACAGCAACUGUCACAUUUCAGGAAUUCCGCUACGACGAAUUUGAGGAGUCUAUUUUCUUCAUCCCUGCCGAAUACAAAGAAGAUCCCAGUCGCUUUCCCGACCUCUGACCUGUUAAACACAUCUGACACAAACAGGAAAUGACCAGCAAGCUUAUAUGUUAGGGAGGUGGGAAACAAAAAUGAGGAAUCCUGUAUUGUUUUAUUCAUAAGAAAAAGAAAAAAAAAAAGGGAACUGGUCAGUUAUUGUUCAUUUUGCUGAUGGAUCCAAAGCAAACCAAUGCAAACAGAUGUUACAGAGCGCCAUCUCACCUAUAGAUGCAUAUCGGCAGUGGUUUUUUUGUGAAAUGAGUGAUAGCUUUCAGUGUACUCGCCGUUCACCACCUGAGCAGUUUAAGCUGUUGCUCUGUGCUGCUGUUCUUUCCUGUGAAAGCUGUCAGAAGACAAAGUCUGGACUCUUCAUCAUCACUAUUUUAAUAUCUUCUCCUCUCCAAGGACUGAUUACUGAAUUCUCAUUCUUGAAACUGCACUGACACCAUCAUCUGUAAAUAAUUCACGUCUCAUCUGUAAUUCAUAACAAAAGGAAUCACAAAUAUAGCUAUAUCCUCAAACUGAGCUUAAUAUUCAUUUAUAAAUGAUGUACUAUAUAUAUAUAUAUAUACUCAAUGGAGUAAACACUGUGUAGCAAUACAUUUCCAGUACUUAAGAAUGUUUUUAACCAGCUGGGAGAAGGUUUAGCAUAAAAACACAUUCUUAACAGUUCGAUAUCCAAGCCUUUUCCCCUGUGCAGGAGGCUGUCUCCUGUGUUUUCAGGUUCGCUCAUGUUACCUCUCGGCUGUCUCCAUGUUUGUCGUGAUAGUAUGGAUUCUGUGCUCAGUGUGAGUGAAUAAUUGUACUGUAUCAAGGGUUUGUUGUAUGUACGUCUGUGUGUGGGAGAACCCAGAUGGGAUAUCAGGUAAACUGUUCUUAGUUUAAUACUGCACUGAUAUUAAAUAUAUUUAAGGCAUGCUAUGGCUGUGUUGGCCUACUGGAUUACAUGCAUCUUUAAGAUAUAUUCUCUGAACGUUUGUUACAUUACCUGCAGACUUAAUGGUAUUUAGAUAAAAGGAAACACUGAAAAUUGUAACACUAACACUUUGAAACACCUUUUAGUGCUUAUAAAAUCUCUCCUUGAUGGUAGUCUGCGCAUAUUUUUCAUUUUUGUUUUCUUCAGUGGAAGGAGAGUGAACUAAGCUGUGAAGUUGAUGUUCCACAACUGUCCAGAUGGGAAAAUUAUCUGAUCCAUUGAGUUGUCUCUGGCUUCAGCUAAUAUGUACUGCAACCAUACCUACUUCACAUCCCUUUAAAUAAAGCACCAGCAUCAUGUUUCAACAGACUGUGCAAGUAUAAUAAAAAUGCAGUAUUGUAUAUGAGGCUUUCAAA